AUGGACGCCAUCGAAGCUCUCAUCGGCUCCUUGGGGAAUCUGCCGGAGGCCGCAGAUCCUCCUACGCUAAUGAGGCAUGCAGAAGCGUCCGUCAAGGUCAUCACAGCUGUGUCCGGCUCUCUUGAGAAGAAGGGCGCCACGCUGGGUGAUAUCAUGAGAUUCUUUGACCUGGUCAUGAAGUUCCAGCCAAACACAACGGACCAACGGCUCACACAUCAGCGCAUCGCCACCCUGCGAGAGCUCUGCGAGGCCGCCGCCAUCCAGAUCCGAAAGCAGGGGGUGGGCGCCACCGGGACAAAGGCCCUCGGCCUCCUUUGCUCCACAGCACCGUUUCACAUCCUGGCCCUGGCGCUGGCAGGCUUGCUAGGGGUUCCUCAGCUGGCAAGCCUCCUGAAAGCUUCCUCCUCAUCUCCGAACAUGGCCGUGACCGUUGAGGGCGAGUGGCUCAUCAAGCUCGAGCGCGGCUGGUGGAUGGUGGGCGAGCAGAAAUACCAGGGAUCCACGGACAAGCCGUUUCGCUACAUGUUCGGCAAGACAGAGUUUCAGGUUGACUUCCACAAUGAGAUGGAGGGAACCUCCACGAAUCUGUCCACAGGAAAAGCACGAGCCCUGUGCUUCGUACCAAAAGGCCAAUCUCCCCCUUGCGACGAGGGCGAAGAACAGCAGACUCAGGUUGCUGAGGCCUCCGGUGCGACGGUCGACCGACCCAUGCAAGCUACCAAGGCCGACAGCAACCUCCCCACCUGCUACUACCUGGCAACCGCCACCACCACCCAGACAUAUGAGGGAGAAUACCAAUGGAUGAUUGAGCUUGAGAAGGGCUGGAGCGCGUGGAUGCCGGGGAAUGAGCCGUUUGAUGGCAACACCGAUCAGACUCUCCGGUACACGCUCGGCCGGUAUGACUUUGAAGUGCACUUCGAAGACGACAGCCGCGGCACGCAGACCAACCUAACAACAGGCAAAGUGCGCCGCAUCCAGCGCUUGCGCAAGGGUGAGUCCGUCCCUGCCUGGGAGGGCACAGGCAUCCGAAGGCGUCCAGCCACAGGAACUGCGGCUGAUCUCGCUGCAGCGCCAUCCGAUUCAGCAGCCAUGGUUGCGCAGUCCGACCGCGCGGUGCGGCGUGGUGCGGCCUAUCCCGCAGGUGGCGCCCCCGUGAAGACGCAGAAGUUUGCUCUUCGCACCUCCAAGCCGGCUUCAGCUGCCCGGCCCCAGGUUUCAGAGGCAGCCCACAAGGCAACCGCUGCUCCACCACGUGCGCCGGUGGCCACGAGCACGGCUAGCAGUGCUCCUGGUGCAGUACCCCGCUUCAUGCGGCCGCUGAAGUCCAAGGCUUAG